AUGUUGAAUGCCGAGAAGAUGUCCAAGUCUGCGGGGAAUUUCAGGACCCUUCGCGAAGCGAUUCAGGAGUUCUCGGCUGAUGCCACGAGAUUUGCACUAGCUGACGCGGGUGAUGGCCUGGAUGAUGCGAACUUUGUGUUUGAAACUGCCAAUUCCGCAAUCUUACGGCUGACUAAGGAGACAGCUUGGAUAAAAGAGUUUUUUUCCCCUGAGGCAUUUUUGAGAAGUGGGGAGCCUUCUACUUUUGCUGAUCUUGUGUUUGAUAACGAGAUUAAUAUGGCCGCCGUCAGGGAUGAAUACAGGCUCUCUUGCGACCCCGGAGGCAUGAAUCGGGAACUUGUAUCGCGGUUUAUUGAUGUUCAAACACGCCUGAUCGCUCCAAUCUCAGGAAAUUUGUAUUUGCAAAACUCGAUUGCCUCGAUGAGGAAGCUUUUGCAGAAGCAGGUCUCUGGAACGAAAAAGGGCAACGCCAACAGAUCAAACAGUCUGGACAAACCAAAAGUUGUUGGCCUGAUAUUUAUAAAGGAGCAUUAUGAUGGAUGGAAAAAGGAGUGUUUAAUCAUUCCACAGAAAUUUAACAGUGAAAGCCGCGAAUUUGCCCCGGAUGAUAAGAUACGCGCUGCUGUUGGACCGGAUCGGCUGCAACUCUGCAUGCCUUUUCUGAGGUUAAAGAAGGAUGAAGCUUUGGCGGUUGGCGAACAAGCAUUGCACUUCAGGCUGCCGUUCAAUGAGAUUGAGGUUCUUGAGAAAAAUUCAGAUUUGAUUGCACGGCAAUUAGAUCUGAAACAAGGUGAGAUCUUUUCUGCAGACGAUCCUGUGGGUGUCGAAAGGGCUGGCGAUCAUGCUUCACGUCUGAAGGAGAAAAUCCACCCUCUCCGGGGAAUCCAACUGCAAUAUUUCAGUUCUGAAAAGUCAGCAGAAGGAUGUAAUGAUCUUGGCUUUUACAGUGGGGGAGGAACAUAA